AUGAAGAUGUCAAAACUCUCCAAUCAGACCAACUCGCAGGACCCCCAGGCGGUGAACUCGAGAGUUUUCGUCGGCAACCUGAACACAUUUCAGUGCUCCAAGACGGAUGUGGAGCGAAUGUUCCAGCGCUACGGACGGUUGGCGGGAAUUUCCAUGCAUAAAGGAUACGCAUUUGUGCAGUUUACGAAUCCAUUCGAUGCGCGGAACGCCUGCCACGGUGAGGAUGGCCGAACGGUGCUGAGUCAAACUUUAGAUGUGAACAUGGUAGCGGAACCGAAACCACAUCAAACCGGUCGGAAACGGCAAAACAAAUCCAAAACUGGAAAUGAUUGGGACUACUACUACGACAGCUACUACGCUUCAACACUAUUCGGACCACUGCAGCAGCAACCGAAUGCACAACCACGGCCCCUGAAGCGUCAGCGACUGAUGGCACCGAGCCGUAUGGGAAUGACACCGAAAAUGAACGGUGCAGGACCCAUCCUUGGACACAGUCACCAGCAGCAACAGCAGCAACAGGUUCUCUCGCAACAACAGCAGCAGGUACAGCAACAACAGCAGCAGGUGCAGCAACAACAGCAGCAGAUGCACCUGGUGGCACACUCUCAGCAACUGCAGCAACAAAUGCAGGCCGUUGCUGCGGCGAGUCCCGUGACCGGGGGAUCUUGCAACCUUGGGAACUACUAUACCACACCGGGCGGCAACAUUGGUUCGAGCAAUGGCGUACCGAUGCAAGUACCGAACGGAUGCAUUGGUUCGAAUGGUUACAUCAACAACAACAACUGUUUGAUGAAUGGAGUGGAACUGAGCGGAUCGGUCGGUGGAGCCAUUGGUGGGUGUAAUAUGUCGAGUUAUACCAACGGGCAGCACGUAGUUGGACCAUUCAAAACGUACAGUAAUCCCGACACACUCAUCUGCGGCAACUGCCGGGAACUGUUCACCGACCUGACCGAGCUGCUGGAUCACAAGCGCAGCUACUGCAAGCUUCGAUUUACCUGCAAGUGUCUCAGUACCUCACCGGUGCAGAAAGUUUAUCCGACUCCGCAGGCUAAGCUGGUGUGCGUGGCGUGUAAGGAUUCGUUCUCCAAUCCCUGGGAUCUAAUGGUGCAUGCACAGGCCGCACACAUGGUAAACAUCUACGAGCUGGGCGAAUGUACGACCGGGGAGGAUGGGAAGACGCCAGCGAUGGGAGGUGACCGCACCACCAACAGUACGCCCACGAUGCCUUGCUCGCCGCCUGCUUUGGAACUUGGCAAACUGAACGGAACGGGAGCGGUCAACAACCCUAUGGGGAAUGGAAUCCACGAGCUCGAUGACGACAAGCAUGAUCAUGCGGAGGAUACUCAAUCGCAGGCGACUCCCAGCUCACCGGAAGCAUGCUUACAGACGGCUUCCUCCAGCGAGGACAUUUCUUCCAUGAACGAUUCACCCGUGAACAACGUCAUCGCGAAGACGGAACCAUCGUCCCUGCUGGGCAACGGGUUUGCGAAUGCUACCGCAAUGGACGCAGGGUUGAAGACGAACGGCCCAGCAAGGGCGUGCAUCAUGACCGCAUUAAGUAUAGACACAAAGCCUAGCCAGGAUCCAACGGUAGCACUGAAAAUGGUAUCAUCCUCGAUGGGCAUAACGCUUACUAACGGCGCGGCAGUAACGGCCGUUACACAGUAA